AUGAUAAAUGUCAACCACACCAUCUUCCAUCCUGCUGUGUUUGUUCUGCUUGGCAUCCCAGGCCUAGAGAGGUACCACAUGUGGCUUUCCAUCCCCUUAUGUUUUAUAUAUGCAUCUGCAGUGUUGGGGAACAGUGUCCUGAUUCUGGUCAUUGUCACUGAGCGCAGCCUCCAUGAGCCCAUGUACAUGUUUCUCUCCAUGUUGGCUGGCACUGACAUUCUACUCUCCACUACUACUGUACCCAAAGCUUUGGCCAUCUUCUGGUUCUGUGCCCGGAACAUCACCUUUGAUGCUUGCGUGACUCAAGUCUUCUUUGUCCAUGUAAUGUUUGUGGGCGAAUCCGCCAUCUUGCUGGCCAUGGCAUUUGAUCGAUAUGUAGCUAUUUGUGACCCACUGAGAUAUUCAGUGAUUUUGACAUUGCCUGUUGUGGGGAGAAUGGCUUUAGCCAUUGUUGUUCGGAGCUUCUGCAUCAUCUUCCCUGUCAUUUUCCUGCUAAAGAGAUUACCCUUCUGUAGGACCAACGUGAUUCCACAUUCAUACUGUGAACACAUUGGGGUGGCUCGACUGGCUUGUGCUGACAUCACUGUCAAUAUAUGGUAUGGCUUCUCUGUCCCCAUUGUUAUGGUGAUCACUGAUGUGUUGCUCAUUGCAGUGUCCUAUACCCUGAUCCUCCGUGCCAUCUUUCGGAUGCCCUCUCAGGAUGCCAGACACAAGGCCCUCAGUACCUGUGGCUCCCACCUUUGUGUCAUCCUCAUGUUUUAUGUUCCAUCCUUCUUCACUUUAUUGACUCAUCGUUUUGGACGCAACAUUCCACGGCACAUACACAUCAUAUUGGCCAACCUCUAUGUGGUGGUGCCUCCCAUGCUUAAUCCCAUUGUUUAUGGGGUGAAGACAAAGCAGAUCAGAGAAGCCGUGGCUCACUUUUUCAUGGGGAUCAAGAAAUGUUUUUCCUCAUCCUCAUUGGACUGAUGCUUUCUUUGUCAUAUUCUUCAGCAUAAAUUUUCUCCCUAAAAUUUCCUGGUCUGACCUUUUGGGCAGUUUCUGAGUAAUUCUUUUCCCCAUUUAAAGAAAUUAAGAGUUAUUAUAUACAUGGAUUUGCUUUGGAAAUAACAAAUAAAUCAUAUAAUUCUUUACCUUUUCAGAGAAAGACAUAAUCAAAUCCUGCUUAUACACUUUCUACCUAUGUGACCUUUGACAAAUCAUAUAACUUCUUUGAAUCUCAGUUUUAUUAUUUUUAAAAUGAGAUGAUAACAAUCUACAGGAUUACCAUUAAUAGAAUGAAAUGCAGGGAGGGCCAGGAUUAUUUCAUUUAUGGUUUUAUAUCCCAACUUCCCAUAGAUGUGUGUUUACAAAGUAGGUACUUGAUAAAUGCUUAUUGAUUGGUAUCAUCUAACAAUCUCCCGUAUAGGCAUUUUGGGGCACUCAAAUGAGACAAUGCAUGUAAAAUGUUUUGUAAUCUUUAAAGCAUUUGUAUUGUGUUGGCUAUUAUAAUUGUCAGUCAUUGUUUUCUCCUGGUCAUGUUUCUUUGAUGGAGGUCAAAUAGAACUAGACUUAGGAUGAAGUCCAAUUCUAUUCUCUUAUGUUGAAUGUUUUGUGGAUUUUUCUCAGAUAGAUAAGGUGAUAUUUUUUGUUGUAAUCAAUAAAACUAUUGAAAUAACAAUUAUAGAAUCAAGAAAAGCAUCUUUUGGACAACUCUGGUGGCUAUCUGGACAAUCAAGAUGAGACAUAGGUAUUUUUACCUGUUCCCUCCAGCUUUUGAUUUCUCCUUGGUCUAUGAAUGCUUUUCAUUCCAUAUAGUUUCAAAUUAUUUAGGUAUGGUGUAAUAUUUUAAACUAUUGUUCUUAAUUGUUUAUGAACCGAUGCUAUGUCCAAGUAAUUGGGGCAACAAUUUUAUUUGUUUUCAUAAAUAUUAUGUGGAAUAAACUGGGAAUACUAUGGAUAAAGCACAUCAGUUAUGAAAAUAUACUUCACAGUUAGCAAAGUUCCUAAGGAAAACUAGGUAGCAUAAAAACAAAAGACAUCAAUAAAAAUUUCUUUAAAAGUCAACUCAAGUGUAAAGCUAGGUUUGGAUUCAUGUCUUCCUGACUUUAAGCCUAGAGGGCUACUGUGCUACCUAGCAGGUUAAGUAAUUUCAAAAUAACUAUAUUUUAUUUCCUCCAAUUACCUGUAAAAUCAAUUUUUAAGAUUUAUUUAAAAUUUUAAUUUCCAAAAUUUUCCCCUCCUUCCCACUCUCCAUCUCUUACUCCCUUGAUGCCAAUGUUUAUCAUUUUCCUUUUCUGUGAUAUUGAUCAAUUUGAUAGGUAUGAGAUGAUAAUUCAGAGUUGUUUUAAUUUGCAUUUCUCUAAUCAAAAGUGAUUUAGAUGGGGCAGUUUGGUGACUCAGUGGUUUGAGAACCAGGCCCAGAGAUGGGAAGUCUUGGAUUCAAAUGUAGUCUCAGAUACUUCCUAUCUGUGUGAUCCUGGACAAGUCACUUAAUCCCCAUUGCCUAGCCCUUACUGCUCUUCUGCCUUAGAGCCUGUAACACAGUAUUGAUUCUAAGUCAGAAGGUAAAAGAGUUUUUUUAUUUUUAAGAGUGAUUUAGAGCAUUUUUUCACAUGAAUAUAGAUAACUUUGACUUCUUCAUCUGAAAACUGCUCAAAAUUUUUUGACUACUUUUCACUGGAGAAUGACAAUUUUAAAAAUAAAUUUGGCUUAGUUCUCUGUCUAUUUGAGAAAUGAAACUUGUUUCAGAGAUUCUUGCUGUAAAAAAAAAAAAGGUUUUUUCCAGUUUGCUGCUUUCCUUCUAAUCUUGGUUGCACUGAUUUUGUGGAAAGUAAUAUUAGGAAAUAUUAUUGGGAAAAUGGAAUAAUCAGCACUUUGUCUAGCUGCUACAUAUCAACACACAUACCAGUAAAUAUUCCAUUUGCAUGCACAGUUUUCCAGAAAUCACUAAUGUGCUCUAGUAUUUGAUGUUUCAAAGAAGGGUAAUUAUUCACCAAACAUUUAUUAAAACCCUCUUUUGUACAGGGCACUGGGCUAAGCUCUGAAGAUAUAAAAAACAAACAAGAAGAAAAGUCAUUGUCCUCAAGGCCUUUAUUGGAGAGACAACAUUUACAUAAGAAUCACUAGAUAGAGAAUCAAUACACAUUAUACAGUUUUUUUUGGUUUUUAUUUUUGGUGGAGAAGAACAUACUAGAAACUGAGAUAAUCUGGAAAGGCACAUGUAGAAAGCACUAUGAUUUGAGUACUGAAGGAAACUAAAGAUUCUAAAAGAUAUGAGAGUAGAGAGUACA